AUGAUGUAUGAUCACAGUUUACAGAAUCUUGAAUCAUGUAUGGCAGAUGAAUACUCUGUGAUGACUUCAUCACAAAGAGAGCUUGAUGCUUUUAGGGCGCGGAAAGUUGCACUGAUUACCGGGAUAUCAGGACAGGACGGUUCCUAUUUGGCAGAACUUCUACUUUCAAAAGGUUAUAAGGUACAUGGUAUCAUUCGACGUUCGUCAUCUUUCAACACAGCUCGAAUAGAGCAUCUUUAUUCCAACCCAAUUACGCAUCAUGGCGAUUCUGGCUUCAAAUUACAUUAUGGCGAUAUGACUGAUUCUUCUUGCCUUAUUAAGCUUAUAACAAUGAUUCAGCCUACUGAAAUCUAUCAUUUAGCUGCGCAAAGUCAUGUCUCUUUUGAUCUUCCAGAGUACACUGCAGAAGUUGAUGCAAUUGGUACCUUGCGGCUUCUAGACGCCAUCCAUGCGUGCGGCUUAACGAAUAAGGUUCGAUUUUACCAGGCUUCCACUUCAGAACUAUUUGGUAAAGUUCAAGAAGUUCCUCAAAAAGAGACUACUCCGUUCUAUCCUAGAUCGCCGUAUGCUGUUGCAAAGUUGUACAGUUAUUGGAUUGUCAUAAAUUACCGUGAAGCGUACAAUAUGUUUGCUUGCAAUGGUAUUUUAUUCAACCAUGAAAGUCCUCGAAGAGGAGAAACCUUCGUUACUAGGAAAAUUACUCGAGCAGUUGCAAAAAUAUCUCUGGGUCAACAAGAAUUUAUUGAACUUGGCAAUUUAAGCUCUCGCCGUGAUUGGGGACAUGCUAGAGAGUAUGUAGAGGCAAUGUGGAGAAUUUUACAACACGAUCAUCCCGAUGACUUUGUUAUCGCAACAGGCAAGAACUACACUGUGCGUGAAUUUGUAGAGUUGGCAUUUCAGGAAAUAGGAAAAACUAUUGUGUGGGAAGGUGAAGGUGUUGAUGAAAUUGGUAAAGAGAAAGAUACAGGGAUUGUCCGAGUCAAAGUCAAUCCAAAGUAUUACCGUCCAACUGAAGUAGAAUUGUUGAUUGGUGACGCUUCAAAAGCGGAGGAGAAAUUGGGUUGGAAGCCCAAAAUACAAAUCAAGGACCUGGUUAAAGAAAUGGUAGCGAGCGACUUGGAGCUAAUGAGAACAAACCCUAUGGCUUAA